AUGAAGGUGGUCUUGUUAGUGGGUGUGUUAAGCGCCCUGAUAGGCUGGUCCACCGCCAUGCUACUGGACCCGGAAAGGGUAGCAGCCCGGCUCAGAAUCGAGGCUGAAGCCGAGAACGACCGACUGAUAAGGACGGGAAGGAGUCGGCGCCAGUUGGGACAGCCAAAGGAGGUCACCAUCCAAGUGAGUGUUGCGAUGUUAUCGUAUUACACGAGUUACCACCACCUUAUCUAUGUUACAACCCCUUAUCUGAUCCCUGUGGCAUAAAUAAAAAACAAAUUUAGGUAACGGCGCCGCUCUUUUCCAGCCGGCUGUUCGACUACGGCGAUGAAGCCGGAGAUCAAGAACUGCCAGUUGCUCCAGACAGUACUAAGAAGCUCCAACUGUCAAAACCCAUUUCGUUUUACGGCAAACAGUACCAUGCCGUACACAUUGGCAGUAAUGGCGCCAUCACAUUCGAUAACGCAAUCAAAACACACAGAGCUAACAUCCUGCCAAGUAAUUAUGUCCUAAUUGCACCAUUCUGGAACAAGAACACCCUUAAGAACGGUGGUCACGUUUAUUACCGUGAGAUCACGUCUGGCCGAGUUCUGGAGCGCGGCCAAAGCGAGAUCCGUUAUCAGUACGACAAAAGUGUCAAGGUGUUGUCCUGCGUGUUGGUGACUUGGGAGAAGAUGCAGCCGACUGGCUCUAACCCAUUACCUGAUGAGAACACCAACACCUUCCAGGCCGCCAUCUUCGUCACUGACAGUGGCACCUUCGCCAACUUCAUUUACAACAACAUCGGAUGGACACAAGGUGCCGAGGUAAGUCGGCUUCUUUUGUUACGUAAUCGAGGAAACCGGUUUGUCAAAAGAAACAAAAGGAUCACACUAAUGAAUGGGAUGAAUAACUUAAUCGAACGGGUUUCUUUCAGGCUGGAUUCAACGGAGGUCAAGACUCCAAGUUCUACGCUCUCCCCACUUCUGGCACUGGCAACAUCAUGUACUUGGAAGAGUACGGUAACACCGGCAUCCCCGGAGAAUGGAUGUUCGAGUUGGGAGAUGACCGUAUUGUCAGAUGCAAGGCCGGCCUCAAGGGUGACACUUGUGAUGAAGGUAAAGUUUGAAGCAUGUUCGUUACCCUAUUUUACAUGUUUUAUCAAAUUUUUUUCAAAAAGCAUAACAUACGAGAUACUACAGUUCUUACAGUCGAUAGCUAUUAAACAUUGUUUUCCUUCAGAAUGUGCCCUCGGAGAAUGGGGAAUUGACUGUGUUGGAUGUUGUCAUUGUACUGGCAACUCAACUUGUGACAAACUCAAUGGAGCCUGUCCCAACAACCAAUGUUCUGAAUGCUUUUCGGGAUUUGCUUGUCAAACCAGUAAGUCAUCCAGUGUUUUGCCGGUCCGGUCCGGAUUUUCAAAAAUUGCAAAAUUGAAAAUAACUUUUUAGCUUAUGGUUUGAAUUUUAAAAAAAUAAAUAACUUUUGUGAAGGCCCGUCUUUGGCUAUCAAGUUAUCACCGAAAUGGACCACCCGGACCGGCAAGACCGAUUCGGUCCGGCCGGUCCAAAUGUUUAGCGAGGAACUUGUAUGAGACGGACCUUCACAAGUUAUUUUUUCUUUAAAAGUUCAAAUUAUAAGCUCAAAAGUUGUUUUCAAUUUUGUAAUUUUUGAAAAUCCGGACCGGACCCGGUCCGGCAAAACACUGAUCAUCCCCUUGAUUUACAGUAAAGUCUAUCGCAAAUAGUGUUUUCAAUGCCAAUUUAAACAGUUUUUUCUUCAGAAUCCGCCAAAUGUUCGAUGGAUUCCCCCAGAAAGUGUGCUCGCAACGCCGUCUCAACUACAGAAUACGACCGUUGCGGAGAGCCGCUUCAGCUGUGCAAAUGUAUCGAAGGCUACGAAGGUGAUGGCUACAGAUCGUGCAUUGACAUCGACGAGUGUAGCUCCAAGAAUGUGUGUCACGCUGACGCCUCUUGCACCAACACUCCCGGCCGAUACUUCUGUCAAUGCAAGCCUGGGUUCAGUGGCGACGGAGUGAUGGAAUGCAUGGCAUCUGAUUCAUUCCUCUUUCCCACGAAUGGAGAAAGUCUCCCACCGUCACAGAACGCCAAGGUUACAGUCCAGCUACAGAAACCGGUCCGUUUGUUCGGCUUGGAGACAAACCAAUUAACGGUAUGUUCAUUGACUAAACAUGGUCACUUAAAUUAAGAAGCUUAAGACUCAUAAUUAUAAGAAACCAUAAACUAAUACAUACUAAACGUAUAGUAAAUGUCAUUUUCAGAUCUCUGCCAAUGGACUGAUCACUGUAGAUGACUCAGUCAACAUCCUACCAGGUGACAGUCUCGAUGACAUGAAUGUAGUAGGUAUUGCUCCUUUCUUCGCCCUAAUCGACCUGUCGAAGGGUGGAGAAGUGAAGGUGAAGGAAAGCUCAGAAGACAGCGUUCUGGCACGUGCUACACACAUCGUCAACGAAAACGGAGAAUCAGGUGGAUUCAUUGCCGACAGUGUGAUCAUCAUCUCCUUCAUCAACGUGACCACCUCCAACACGAGAACGGCCAACACCUACCAGACCGUUCUGAUCAGUGGACGUGAUUCCUCCAAGAAGCUGGAAACCUUCGUGGAAUUCCUCUACAAAGACCUCACUUGGACUCCACACGCUGAAGCCGGCAUCAUGACUUCAGACAAGUCGAAUUCGAUUCAACUCCCAGGCUCAGGAACUGAAGGAAUGGAGCAGCUCAGUCAGUUGAGUAACGUCCGUCAACCAGGAGUCUGGCUGUAUCGUGUAGACCGUGAUGUCAUCCACCAAUGCAUGAAGAAUGACCUACAACCACCAUACUGUGACGCUGAAUCUCCUCCACUGAUCAAGAAGCCUCAGUCCAGUGAAGUCGCUGAAGUCAGAGAAACCACAACAGAAGCCGCCAGAAUCCCUACAGAACCCAUAAUCGAGGCUGACGAUGAUGGCUUUGAAGAGCCUAUCACACUGCCACCUCCAGUUCUGGUCACCGAAGAGCCUUCAACUCAUCGUGUCCAACCAGCCUUCGUCACAGCAGAAACCAGAAGACCUCAGAUCUCGCUUCGAGUUCAGAACACUCCAGAAUUCGAACGCCCAUCUCCACAACCAACCGUCAGCACCACACAUCGACCGAUUGUGGAGUUUGACAGCAAAGAGAUCGCCGCUCUGCCUCCAGAUGUCUUCGAGAAUCCUCUGGCACCAUUCAUCACGGUAGUCCCAGAGUUGUUCACGGAGAAAGUCAAGAACGACAGAGACGGAUCAGCUCAAAUCGGCAAGAUCCAGGUGAUUCAACCAGAACUGAUCAGACCUUCACUCUCUGCCAAGACUCCAACUUCUCCAGAAGUCAGCACUUCUGUCAUCGAAAUCACUCCAGAGGUAAUCAAGCCUUCAGAGUCCUUCCAUCAGAGCCGAGAAGAAGUUGAAGUCAGUACAGAGAUACCGACAACUGCUUCUACCCCUGAAUCAACCACCACAACCACCGCUGAAGCUACUACCACAACUUUCGAGACCACAAUAGCUACGGAAUCAUCUCCUAAGCCCAAGAGCGUAAUUAAGGUACAAGACGAAGUCCCGACUUCAACUACCAAUAACCUUUUCGUAUUCACUUCAACUAAAUCGGUAAGAUUAAUUUAAAAUUACGAAAAUUGAAGUUUAAACCUCUUGGUGUAAUGUAUUUAAUACCACUGUAACACACCAUUUUAGCCACCGAAGAAGAUCCUGUCGUCCAAACCGAAGAUCGUGACAGGCCCUCCUCACAACGACCACACAGAAGUCGACAGUUCAGUCGAACAAAACAGAGUGCUCGAGGCCGAAAUGGCUGGCAGCCGGCUCGCGGUUGUCAUUCCAGUGACAAUCGUUGCUGUAUGGGUUGUCAUCUUGAUUGUGAUCGCAUUCGUGUUGUGUUGCCAGAGAAGGUAGGGUAAUUUGUUCACUUAUCCAUCACUACAUGACUUAAAACAACAUUAUCUUAACUUUGAUACGCCAUUAACUAAAUCUUUUGAAAAUCAGGAAACUUUUUAGGCGGACGCAUCACACUCUACGUACUGUGUACGGUCCUCCAUACCACAUUCGACCGGUCGGUACCUACACGAUGAGAGGAGACCCAGCCCUCAAACACUAUGAAGGUAUCUACGAGGAAAACAUCGAGAAGAGUCGAGGCUUCCCAGUGGAUCUAGGUCCCUACCAAACGGUUCGUCAUUCCACCGCCUCCAGCACUGCAUAAACACAGUUGUACCACAAUGACACUUCGUACUAUCUUACACAUGGUACCACGAAUCAUUGCCAUUCACAAUAUCCCCUUCUUUAUCUCACUCACUGUCACCCUCACAUCCACAACAUUAAAUUAUUCUUGUUACAGGGCGGCCGCAUGUCUCUGUACGGCUCGUACUGGAACUUGUCGAACACUUCGAGAACUGGAAUCGACCGUCUUCAACAGAUGGGUUAA